AUGUCAGUAGGCCCAGAUAAAAUUUCUGAAUUGAAACAAGUGAUAUCGAAUCAUUUAUCACAAUCCGACAUAAGUAAUCAAAUAAAAGAUAUUGUUUCGGAAUAUGCUCAACAAAAUCCGUCUAGUACGAUAAACCAGAAUUUUUUAAUUGAUCAGUUGAAACAACGUGGUGUCUUAGAUAGUAUGAUGAAAAAUAUUCACUUUGGUGGUGGUGGUGGUGGUAGUGGUGGUGGUGAACAUACACAUCAUCCCUCUCCUCGUCAACGAACAUCACUAAAACCAUCGACAAAUUUAAUUGAUAUCGAUCAACAUCUCGCCUUACCUUUAGAACAAGUAAAUUUUGAUUCGAAUCGACGACAUCUAUAUUUACAAUUUUUAAAUGGAAAAGCAUUUACAGAUUAUUUAAAUGAACCGCCAGCAGAAUAUUUACCCGGUGGGGGUACGAUAAAUACGUCAUCAUUUAUAAUCUCAAUUCUAUUUCGGGGACAAAGAUUUAGAACAAAACCGAUCCCAGUAGCAGCUGAACCAUUUUUUCAACAAGGAUUUUUAUUAGAAUUACAUAAAGAAAAAAAACAAGGUGAAUAUGGUGGAAUGGCUGAUAAGGAAACGUUAAUUUCCAUAUGUGAUCGUAUUCAUAUUGUACUUAUUCGAAAGGAUCCAUUGGGUGAUACUCACUUGGUUUCAUCUCAUUUUCUUGAAUGGCGACAUGUUUUAUGUGCACAAAUUAAUAAAACAACACGAACACUUGAAUUAAAUGGAAUUGCCGAAAAUAAAUUGCCGGUUGGGUUGUUAAAUGUUUGUUUGCAACUAAUACCACCGUUAAACGAACCACUGCCAGAUGAUAUUCUAGCUGCACAACUCGAUUUAGAACAUUCCAGAUCAACGGAGCGAGAAAGAUUAUUUCUCGUUUAUGCUAAACAGUGGUGGAAAGAAUACCUGGAAAUUAGAGAAGAACAUAAAACAAGAUUAGUGAAAAUAUUUGGACAAGACGAGAACGGUGUUAAUCAUCCCGUCUUCACGUUUGUUCGUUCACUACGUAGUGGACGAUUGUUAGAUACGCCUCGGCAAGCCGCUCGAUUUGUUAGUCUUAUUAAUUAUGAACGACAUUCCGUUGUGGGAAAUACGGAUCGUACAGAAAUGUGGAAACAUACCCAUGCAUUUUUAGCAAGAAAUUCCGGAGACUGUGAGAAUCAUGCUACACUAUUAUGCAGUUUACUGCUUGGAUUUGGUCUCGAUGCAUAUGUGUGUAUUGGUACGAAAGCAAAAAAUCAAAUUCACUCCUGGGUAGUGACGAUUGGAGCAGAAGAUGUUUUCUUCUGGGAAAGUCUUAAUGGAAAUCGAUAUUUACAUAUAUCGAUCGAUCCUGAUGAUCCUCCAUUAGACAAAGGUGUUUUGUCUAAUAUUCGUCAUCCUUAUAGAACAAUCGGAUGUUUAUUUAAUAAUCAAUCGUUUUAUGCUAAUAUACAGCCUUUAUGCAACGUUGAUACAUGUUCAUUUCGCCUCAGUGAUCAGUCAAAAUGGAAAUCGAUGUCAGAAGAGGCCAUCGCUUCUGUAACUACAAUCGGUUACGUUUUAACAGCACCCGUUAUGCCACAAUUAAUUGCAAAUAAUUUAGAUUCUAUAGCUAUAUCAAAUGAUAUAGAAAAACAAAUUAGAGCGCUCAUUAUACAGCAUCGAAAACGAAAAACGGUUUCUUCGCAGGAUCUUGGCUACAUGACUCAAUGGGAUGAUCAUUUAUCUUAUCUACUUAGUCCUGCAUUGUCCUCUUAUGAACUAGAACGAGUUUCAGGAUUAUCUGUUGGCAAUGAAGAAUUUCAAGAAGCUGUUCGACGUGCCGUGCCUAAUGGUCAUGCCUUCAAAGGUUUUCCAAUUCAAUUUAUUCAUAAAAACUCUCGAAAAGCAUUUAUCUUCAGUAUGAAAAAUCCAUUAUGUCAGGAAAUCGUUUGUUGUCAUGGUGAUCAAGUUCGAUUAGCGGUACGCGUACAUGUUUUCACUUAUCCAGAAAAUGCUUUAGCCACAUGGAUUAUGUUUGCUUGUAGAUAUAAAAGUGUAAUGUAG